AUGUCUAGCACCAUUCAUACUAUUAAAGAUGAUCAGAGUAUUUGGCUAGAAGAUAGAGUUCAAGUUACUGGUUUACUCUCUAGCCACUUUAAGAAUAUUUUUACCUCAUCCAAUCCAAGUGCCAUUGACAUCGAUGAAGCUCUAAGUUUUGUUUCUCCUAUCAUUACUGAUGACAUCAAUGCCUCCUUAACUGCUAUUCCUACAAGUCAAGAGAUCAUUGACACGAUUAAUAUGAUGGCUCAUUGGAGUUCUCCAGGGCCGGAUGGCUUUCCGCCUGGUUUCUUUAGAGAUAAUUGGGACAUUGUGCACUUUGAGUCUGCAUUUGUGGCUAAUCGUCAAAUUCAUGAAAAUAUUAUCAUCACCCAUGAAAUCCUGCAUUCUUUUAAGAGAAAGAAAAAGUCUUCAAAAAAUGGUCACUUAGCAAUUAAGAUGGACCUUUCAAAAGCCUUUGAUAGGCUGGAAUGGUCCUUCAUCCUUGCUGUGUUCAAAAAAUUAGGUUUCUCUCAAGACUGGUGUAACAUGAUUUUUCAGUGCAUCAGUACGGUGUCUUAUGCUGUUUUAGUUAAUGGUUCUCCGGUGGAAACUUUCUUUCCGUCGCGUGGCAUUAGACUUGGAGACUGUUUGUCUCCAUAUAUUUUCAUUCUCUGCAUGGAAGCUUUGUCUCAAUUGUUUAUCAAUGUUGAGAAGGAGAAACUGUUUCAAGGUUUUAAAUUCAAUAAAAACAGUCCUUCGAUUUCUCAUUUGUUUUUCGCAGAUGAUUGCAUGCUAUUUUAUAAAGAUUCUAUCACCUAUGCAAAAAACAUUCUGAAGGUGAUUAAUGUGUUUUCAAAGGCAUCAGGUCAGGCUAUCAAUCUUGAAAAAUCGGGAUUUGUAACUAGUAGUAAAAUGCAUCAUAGACAUGUUAAGCUUCUGUCUAAAGCUCUUCACAUGAAAUUCCUGUUGAAUGCUUCUAAGAAACCCAAUUUAAGCAUUGCUGGUCGUACUCUAGUGACUAAACAUGUCCUUUCUAGUCUAUCCAUAUAUCACAUGGCUUGCUUUCCUCUGCCUAAAACUGUUACUGGUAAGAUUGAUGCUAUUCAACGUACUUUCUGGUGGUCUAAAAAGAAUCCGAAGCAUGCCGCUUAUUUUCGUUCUUGGGGGGACAUUGGUAAAUCAAAAUCUAGUGGUGGUUUAGGCAUUAGGAAUUCCCAUGCUAUUAGUAGAGUUUUUAUCUGUAAGAUUGGCUGGAGACUUUUAAAAUUUCCUAAUUCCUUGAUGUUCUCCUUCUUAAAAAAUAAAUAUUUUCCUAAUCAGAAUCUCUUAGAAAUUGACAAGGAUGCUAAUACUUCUUCUUGGAUUUGGAAGGGAAUUGUUAAUGGGUUACGAUUUAUUAAACCUAAUAUUAAUCCUAUUCAUGGUAACUUUACUUAUGUCAAGGAUCUUUUAGAAAACUCUCUUAGCUGCUGGAAUAUUGAUCUGUUGAACGAUUUAUUUUCUCCUGAUGAAGUCACUAGAAUUAGGUCUAUCCCCUUUAAUUCUGCUCUUAGUGAUUCGCUUAUGUGGGCGCAUACUUCUUCUGGUAAGUUUUCUAUAAAAUCUGCUCAUAGAGUCUAUAUUAAUGAUAUUUCGUCCUCUGAGGAUGCCUCCUUCUGGAGAAAGUGUUAUAAUCCUAAUGUGUAUGUUUAUUGUCCUCUCUGUCAUAUGCAUGAAGAAACUAUUAUGCACAUUUUCAUUAAUUGUCCGGUGGCUAUUUCCUUUUGUUCUGGGCUUUCUCUUCUUCAUCUUAUUUCUGUUGAUGUUGAGUGGUUAGAUGAUCUCUUCAUCUUUUGGCAUGACACUAAAUUGGGUGCUUCUCCCUUCAAUGUUUCCUGGCCUAGUAUUGCUUCUGUGAUGAUGUGGUGCAUCUGGAAAUUGAGAUGCGAUGUCUUAUUCAAGAAUGCCCAUUUUGUUUUGAAUCGCACUCUUAUGGACAUUAGCAGAAUGAUUAACUCUUAUAUUUCUCCCAAUUGUGGUUAUAGUUCUAGUAGUAAUCUUGUUUGUAGUUCUGUUAAAAUCCCUACAGCUGAUGUGGAUCACAUAAUGUUUGUGGAUGGUUCUUUCAAAGAUUUUAAGAUGGGUUCUGGCAUUAUUUGUUGUGAUCUUACAGGGAAUGUAAUUUGUUCUCGCUCGGACUUUGGGUGGAUUCUAGAUGCAGUAGGUGCUGAAGCUGCUGCUCUAAUUUUGGCUAUCUCUUGGGCAGAAGAGAUGAAUCUGCAAAAAGUCCUCUUCCUUAGUGACUGUCUCCAGGUGGUGAAUUUUGUGAAUGCUGCCUCCACUGAUGUCAACUGGAGAAGUGUGGAUCUUCUGAAUCAGUGUCGGAUUUCUUUAGAUAGCAAUGUCGCUUUUAAGCUUUUGUAUUUAGAACGGUGUAAUAAUUCUCUAGCUGACCGGCUUGCUCGUCGGGCUAGAAAAAACCUGGUUAAAGGUGUUUGGCUCUCCCUUCCUUCUUUUUUGAACAUUCACUAUGGGAAGGUGAACUUGAAUGUUGUUUGUAAACCUUUCCUUUCUUAA